GAACUCGGGUUUCAAGCGGAUCGCUUGGCGCGCUUUUCAUUUCCUCAACGUCGCGUUUGCAUUCCGUGUUUCUAUUUGUUCAUUGCUCUAUAUCAACGCAAAAGUUAAAUAUUUCUUCUACUACGUUUAGUUGCAAUCACCGAGGAUGAAGUUUUGUCUAGUAGUCCUGGUGGGGCUAUUCACGCUUUUGGCAGCGGUUUCAGCGAAUCGCACUUUCACAGUCGACUACGACAACGAUCAGUUCCUCAAGGAUGGGAAAUCCUUUCGGUUCAUUGCGGGAUCCUUCCACUACUUCCGUGCACAUCCAGCCACCUGGCAGCGGCAUCUGCGAACCAUGAGAGCCGCGGGACUCAAUGCAGUGACUACCUAUGUCGAGUGGUCAUUGCACAAUCCCCGCGAUGGCGUUUACGUCUGGAGUGGAAUUGCCGAUCUGGAGCACUUUAUUCGUCUGGCCGUGGGCGAGGAUCUGCUGGUCAUUCUUCGUCCGGGACCUUAUAUUUGCGCAGAGCGGGACAUGGGCGGCUUUCCCUACUGGCUGCUCAACAAGUAUCCGGGGAUUCAACUCCGAACAGCUGAUGUCAAUUAUCUAAGCGAGGUGCGGUUAUGGUACGCCCAACUGUUUGCCAAGAUGUCCAAAUAUCUGUACGGCAAUGGAGGACCCAUUAUCAUGGUGCAGGUGGAGAACGAAUACGGUUCCUACUUUGCCUGCGAUCUCAACUACCGCAAUUGGAUUCGGGAUGAGACCGAGAGUCACACCAAAGGCCAUGCGGUGCUCUUCACCAACGACGGACCCAGUGUGCUGCGCUGUGGUAAAAUCCAGAACGUCCUGGCCACCAUGGACUUUGGAUCCACCAACGAUCUCAAGCCCGUUUGGGCCAAAUUGCGGAGGUACCAGCCCAAGGGUCCGCUGGUCAACGCCGAAUACUAUCCCGGCUGGUUAACCCACUGGACGGAACCGAUGGCCAAUGUGAGCACGGGAUCGAUUACUACUACUUUUAUAAACAUGCUGGACAGUGGAGCAAGUGUCAAUUUCUAUAUGUUCUACGGCGGCACUAAUUUCGGAUUCACGGCCGGUGCGAAUGAGAUCGGACCGGGUAACUAUAUGGCGGACAUAACCAGCUAUGACUACGAUGCACCCAUGACGGAGGCGGGGGAUCCCACUCCAAAAUAUAUGGCCCUGCGCCGCAUCAUUGCCCGCUAUCUUCCACUGCCCAAUCAGCCGGUGCCCGGACCCGUUCCCAAAAGAGCCUACGGAACAGUGCGUCUGAUCAGCUGCUGCAGCCUGCUGUCCCCGGAUGCGCGAAACCGUCUUUCCACCGGCUUUGUGCAGUCUGCCAAACCUAAGAGCUUUGAGGCUCUGGGACAGUAUUCUGGACUGGUUCUAUACGAGACGUGGCUGCCCAGCUUCCAGCGGGAUCCGAGCAUUCUCAACGUGCCCGGAGUGGCGGACCGUGGUUAUGUCUACGUGGAUGGCGAGUACGUGGGACUGGUGGCCAGGGAAACACCCGUUUUUGAGCUAUCGCUGAGUGCAAGUGCCGGGCGAAAGUUGCAGAUCAUCGUGGAGAACCAGGGACGCAUCAAUUAUGGCCGGCAGCUCAAUGACUUCAAGGGCAUCCUGCGGGAUGUGCGGCUGGACAAGCAUGUGCUGAACAACUGGAACAUGACCCAGUUUCCGCUCGAGUCGUACGAUCAUCUGGAGCAGCUGAUUACCCAGUCGGAUGAGGCAUCUCGCCACGGCUUCCAUGAGUUGAGGAAGUUGAGGACAAUGCUGCGCCACGGUCCCGCCAUCUAUCAUGGCAACCUGAACGUCCAGAAGGAGUCGGAUCUGGCGGACACCUAUCUGGACAUGUCGGACUGGGGCAAGGGCAUUGUCUUCUUGAACGGCGAGAACCUCGGCAGAUACUGGCCACUGGUGGGGCCGCAAGUCACCCUGUAUGUGCCGGCACCGGUGCUCAAGGUGGGCUCGAAUCGCCUGGUGGUGGUGGAGUACCAGCAGACACCCACCUCCCUGGAGCUGCACUUCCGGGACACCCCCAUUCUGAACGCGAGAACCGUUUAGCUCGUGAGCCUAAGGGCUUCCGCGACGUGCAUCCCAUCGCCACACAUCAUGCAUCAUUCGUUAAUGUAGAUCUAAAUGUAAAUUUAUGCGCUUUAAGUUCUUUGUGAGACAUUAAAAGCGACUCCGAGACGGACGCGUCCUUUCUGCCUCGUUAUCCCUUUUGUAAAA